CCCUGGUCGACUGCUCACCAUUAGGUAAUUAGUCAAUCAACGUAAUAAAUAAAAAAUACAUAAAUUCAUAAUCAAGUUGCGAUUCCAGUAACUUGGCCUAUAACCGAAUACUGAACGGGUCUACAGAAUACAAUCUACAAUUAUUGUGAUUGGAAGAUUAUAAGGUUCAAAGCCAUUUAAUAUUUAGUUUAUCUCCGGACGCGGUGGAGGCUGGACGUGAUCAUGUGGUUUAGAAUAAUAUUCGUGUUUUUGUUUGUUUGUGUUUGUGUUCAUUGUUCAUCGAGUGAGGACAAGAAACCGAAAUUUAUAAUCGACAAUGAUGCCGGUGGAGAUGAUGCGAUGGCCAUAUUCCUGGGUCUGCUAUACGAGAAAUAUUUUGAUGGACCAAAGUUAGUAGCAUUGACGACAGCAAAUGGAAACACGAAAGAAGACAAUGUUUAUCACAACAAUCAAAAAGUAUUAAGAGUUGCCAAACGACAAGAUGUACCAAUAUAUAGGGGUUCCAAAGAAUCUAUAGUUACAACUCCGUCAGUAACGGAUUAUUAUGGUGUUGAUGGACUGGGGGACACUGGAGAAACCUACUCUGAUCUGGUGCCAGCGCAGACUGAAAGUGCUGUUAACGCCCUUAUUAACUACUCUAAGCUUUAUGAAGGUAACCUGACAGUGAUUACUAUUGGUACGCUAACAAACGUCGCGUUGGCUGUCAAACUGGAUCCUAACUUCUUAUCGAGAUUGAACCACUUGUAUAUUGGCGCCGGACACAUUCAAAGUGAAAAGUACCCGUUGCCGGAGUUCAAUGCUCGAAUGGAUGUGGAGGCGUACCACAUAGUAGUUAAGAACGCUACUCCUGAUAAAGUCACCAUCUUUCCCUUCUCACAAACAAAGGAAUACCUGACCUUUAGCAAGGAUUGGAGAUUUAACACUCUUGGAAAAAUUGAUACGGAGAUAAUAAAAGAACAAAAUAAGUACGAGAGGAUAGCUCUAGAGAACGAAGAGACCUGGCAGGCACUGGAUCCAGCUACAGUGGCACUCUACCUGCGGCCAGAUUUAGUAGCCGAAUACAAAUACUCAAAGCACGAUGUUUAUGUUUGUGGUGACAAAAGAGGUAUAAUGAAACACGAUUUCGUUGAAAAAGAAAAAGCGAAUGUCAGAGUGGCUUACGCAGUCAAAGCAGAAGAUUAUCAAGUGUUUCUUCUGAAUGUGUUUGGAGCAGAAUUGAAUGAUCCAGCUCGCUCAAAGAAAGCGUAAAAGUAUUACAAUAGUGAGAGCUUUGUAAUGUGAUGUGAU